AGAGCCAUCUAGCGGGAAUUUUACCGCGCCAGUUUUUUGUUUGACAUCAAAUUCUUUUUGCGAAAUCUCGUGUAAUUCCUUUAAUUUCUCACCAAAAAAGAUGAAUUUCUGCCCUAGAACUAUUGUAAAUGGUGCUACUAUGCGCCUAAAUUCGGGAAAACCCGUGAGUAUUACUGUAAAAGUGGAAAAUUACGGUGGGGGAUCAAUGGUGAUGCAGGGCAUUGCAACUGAUGAUGCCAGGAUAACAAUCAAUUUGCGAGCCCCUCUGGACAAGAAUAUCAUCAAUCAGUGGAUUGAGGUGAUUGGGACACCCACCCGGCCAGAUGCCAUCAACGCUAGUGAGGUGAUUGUGCUCCCUGAAGGUGGUGAAGAAUUGGACAAAAAAUCCCACAACAUGAUGAUUCAGUUCCUCACAAAUGCUCCCAAUGUUCUAACCAUCCGUUGAUUGUAUCUUAUUUUUAAUAAACUUGAUCCAAAAUUUGAAA